AUGGGUUUCUUGGCAUGCGUCUGCCUCCUCCAGCUGCUGUUCUUGGGCUCGUCCCCGGCGGCGGCGGCGCAGCAGCCGUCGGCGAGGGCCCUGGACGCAACGCUGCAGGACUACGCCUACCGGGCCCUCGCGCGGCGGCCGCGCACCGGCAUUGUCUACAACGGCACCGUCCCCGCAGACCUCGCCGGCGUCGCGGUGUCCGCGCUCCGCCUGCGCAGCGGCAGCCUCCGGAGGAGGGGAUUCCCCAACUACUUCCAGUUCGCCCUGCCGGCCGGCGUCGUCGCGCGGCCGCGCGUGGAGCGGGCGGUGCUCGUGUACAGCGACCUGGGCAACCUGUCGGAGCGCUACUACCCGCUGCCCCCCGGGUACGCCUACCUCGCGCCGGUGCUCGGGCUGCUCGCCUACGACGCCGCCAACCUCUCGGCGGCGGGGCUGCCCGAGCUGAGCCUCGUCGCCUCUGCGACCCCAAUCCUCGUCAGUUUCGGCAGUGUCCGGGCAUUGCCGUCAGGCGGUCCGGCGGCGCGGUGCGUGUGGUUCGAUCUGGACGGCGCGCCGCAGUUCCGGGACCCGGAGGCAAGCGGCAACGUCGUCUGCGCGGCGUACCGCGGAGGGCACUUCUCGAUCGCGGUGAACUCUACUGAGGUUGCUCCUGCUCCAGCGUCACCGGCCGCAAUUGCGCCGCUGGUACCGGGAACUGGAGGCCGUGCCACGGGUAACUCGCAGGCCUGGAAGAUUGCCGGCACCGUGGUCGGGAGCGCCGCCGCGUUGGGGCUGUUGGCUUCCGCUCUCCUGUGCUUGGUGAGGUACAAGAGGGUCAGGAAGCUGGAGGUGAUGGAGCGGAAUUCAGAGGUUGGGGAGACGCUGCGCAUGGCGCAGGUUGGGCGGGCGCAAGCACCUGUGGCGUUGUGGACUCGGACGCAGCCGGUGAUCGAGAGCGAGUAUGCUGCGUAGCUCGUUUUGGAUUUUCUUCA